AUGCCGCCUAAGAAGCAAGUCCAGCAGGAGAAGGUCCUUUUGGGCAGGCCCGGAAACAACCUCAAGAGUGGCAUCGUCGGUUUAGCCAACGUCGGCAAGUCCACGCUGUUCCAAGCCAUCACUAAGUGCCACCUUGGUAACCCUGCCAACUUCCCUUAUGCCACCAUUGAGCCGGAAGAGUCGCGCGUUAUUGUGCCCGACGAGCGCUUUGACUGGCUAUGCCAGCACUACAAGCCCAAGUCGGAGGUCCCCGCCCACCUGACCAUCUACGAUAUCGCUGGUCUGACGCGUGGUGCGUCGACCGGUGCUGGUCUGGGUAACGCCUUCUUGUCGCACAUCCGUGCUGUCGAUGCCAUCUUCCAGGUUGUCAGGUGCUUCGAUGAUGCGGAGAUUAUCCACGUCGAGGGUGACGUCGACCCCGUCCGUGACCUCGACAUCAUCAGCGAGGAGCUCCGCAUCAAGGAUAUCGAGUUCGCCGAGAAGGCGCAUGAGGCCUUGGUUAAGCAGACCAGGAGGGGUGGUCAGUCUCUGGAGAUGAAGAAGCUCAAGGAGGAGCAGGCUACGGUUGAGAAGAUCCUCGAGCACCUGAAGGCCGGCAGGGACGUCCGGAAGGCCGACUGGAACCCCAAGGAGGUUGAGUUGAUCAACACUCUAUUCCUCCUGACGGCCAAGCCGGUUGUCUACCUGGUCAACCUCAGCGAGAAGGACUACAUUCGCAAGAAGAACAAGCACCUUCCCAAGAUCGCUGAGUGGGUCAAGGAGCACGCUCCCGGUGACCCGAUCAUCCCCAUCUCCAUCUGCCUGGAGGAGCGUCUCACCCAGUUUGAGACCGAGGAGGCUGCCGCCGAGGAGCUGAAGAACCUCGGUGUCACUUCUGCGCUGCCCAAGUCCAUCACCACGAUGCGCAAGGCGCUCGGCCUGAACAGCUUCUUCACCACUGGUACUGAUGAAGUCCGCCAAUGGACCAUUCGCGUCAACACCAAGGCGCCGCAGGCCGCUGGUGUCAUUCACGGAGACUUUGAGAAGACGUUCAUUCAGGCAAUUGUUUACAACUUUAACGCCCUGAAGGAGAUUGGUGACGAAGCGUCCCUCAAGUCCCAGGGUAAGAUUAUGACCAAGGGCAAGGACUACGUCGUCGAGGACGGCGAUAUCCUGCUCAUCAAGGCGGGUGCGGCCAAGGCCUAAGUUAUUUAAGAAAGGGGUCUAUUGCAGCCCAUACCUACCUAUAUAGUCUUGCGAAAUUUGCUUGGGUUGUUGACCGGAGUUGGGGGAGUCGGGUCAGUUGCUGCCUAUACCCUGGGACGGCUCAACUGCCAGCCAACUUCUGAUGCGAAAAAGGCGUCACUCGCCGGUGCCCCAUCUAUAGAGCAUGAAAAUGAAAAUGAACACAAAUGAAACGAG